AUGUCUCCUUCCAUACACUGGUGUCCGUUCUGCGGGGUGAAGUUGUAUAAGAGCAAGGGAAACCUCAACAACCACAUCGAGCAACAUCAUGAACCCCAGAAGCACUACCACUGCAACGAAUGUAACGGAUCAUGGACCACGGCACUGGGUUACUCUCGCCAUACCAAAAAAGUCGGCUGCUCAGGCUGCCACCUCGAGACAAGACACCACGAAUCCAAGAAGAGCCUUUACGCCUGUGGCGUGUGCGCUAGAGCCUUUGACGACUUCGGUCUUCGCCAGGACCACCUCUUCACUCACCAACAGAGUGGGGUGGGAAAGGCAUCGUGGGACAUGAACAAUGUCAUGCUCGGCUUGCUCUCCCACUCCUCAAUCGUCGGACCAUGGAAUGCUGCGGUUCAGAGGAAGUCCAACAACUACCCCAGUCCUCAAUGGCAACCCCGCUGGGACUGGAGCAAUCCGCAAGCGGGCGAAGCUCUCGCAGCACUUGAGCACAUGCGUUUCGACAAUCGGGGGGACCUCGACCGAAUCCUAGACAAUGUCAUGUCGGCGUUGACCUCCGCGAGUGAGCAACAGCUCCAUGGAACCGGCUACGACGCGUUGCUGAAUAUCGACACGGAAAUGGACUUCGGGGCCCUUUCGGAAGAAGAUUUCGUAAAUUACUUGCGUCAGCUUGAGAGCAACCUAUAG